GCAUCCCGCAGCUAUCGCUAGUUUAGAAAAGAAAUUGUCGGUGAUAGUUUGAAAAAAAUGAGCUCUUAUGUUGACAGCUGCAAUCUCAGGCAAACAAGCGAGACAACUUCUCCUGACACUAUGUUUAGUUUCGAUCUUUCCGGGCGCCCGUCCAGCCACUAUGAGGGUGUUAAUGUGAACGGGAUAUUCACUUGUCCCGUCCCCACGACCUCUGUUGAACGGGAGGAGAUGAAAACUAGCCUGCGUGGCAUUACGGAUACUCCUCUCCCGUCAGGACCACAGAUAACCAUGGUCUCCAGCAGCUCUUCCAUGGACUCAAGCGGGCUGAACUACGGUAGCAGCACUCUGCUUGGACGAGGGGUGGACAGAGACCCGGAAAGGAGCGCAAAAUCCGUCGGCAACAAGAACCACGACAGCGAGAGAAACGCGGAGAACACGCAAACGGUGAAACGACACACAAAUGUGAACCAGCGUCAGGACAGUGAGCAGCGGCCACAGAUUUAUCCAUGGAUGACAAAACUGCACAUGAGCCACGGUAAAAACAAAACCAUAGAGCAGACCAAUCUCUCAUACUUCGAGGUGACAACCACAAAUCAGACACAGGAACCCUCCUCGGUGGCAGAAUUUCGCGGCUUUAUUGCCUCCGGGGGGGAUAAACGCAGCGGCUGGAGAGGCGGUGACUGUCCCGAAGAUCCCUCUGUCAGGAAGUCGGAGAACGGAUGA